AUGGCAAGAACUAGAUGUGGAGGAUGUUGUAGGCGUAGAUACAAUAGAAUCGUUCAAAUUAAACCUAAAACAAUACCAAAUACUCAACUAAAAGGAUGUGAUGAUAGCAAGUGCAAUCAAUCAAACAAAGAACAUCACGAUAGAGUCAUUAAAAGUGUAUUAUGUAAUUUAGUGUUAUUCAGAAAGAUUAUAUCAGUGUCUAGAGAGAAAGAUGUAGAGAUAUACAAGAUUAAUCAACUACCAAACUCAAUCGAAUGGUAUCUCAGUUGUGGGCACAUCAAUCUAUUAAAAGAAAGAAUUGAAAGAGAAGAAAAAGAAUUACAUCAAUUCAUUAUCAAUCAACAACAACAAGAACAACAAGAACAACAAAUAACUGAUAAUAAUGAUAUUGAUAUUGAUAAUAAUAAUAAUAAUAAUACUUCAUCCUCUUCUUCUACAUUAUCUUUACCAUUAAAUUCAUUUAUAAUUAAAAAAGAUUAUUUACUUGAACAUCAUUUACGAUGGAGUUAUGAUGCAACCGAAGAAAUAUGUUCAUUUGGUGGUCAUGAUGAAAGACACUUGAAAUUAUUCCUUUACUUGUUUGAAAAGAAACCUGAAUGGUUUAAUCAUUCAUCGUGUGCAAAGAUGGCAGCAAGUAGAGGUAAUUUGGAGAUGUUCAAGGUAUUGGUUGGUAAUACUUUUCCUGUCAAGAUGACCUUUGACAUGGAUGAAUGUAUUCAAGCUGCCCUACAAGGAUCGUGUUAUGACAUGGCAUUGUAUUUAUUGCAAAAGAAUAGUUACAAGUUUAAAACGGUCAAUCAGUUCCAAGCCACCAUUGACCAUCGUACCCGUGCCAGUUUCUCGAGAAUCGCUCGUCUCUUUGUCGAUAUUUGCAACAAGAGCCGUGGUAGUGUAAUGAGCAAGCUCUAUUCCAACUUUUUCAGUGCCCUCUUGCAAGCACAAGAUAUCGAGUUGGUGAAAUACGCAAGCGGUCACUACGAGUUUAAUGCAACACAAUUUUCAAACUGGAUCCAUGGCUACCUCGUCUCUGGUGCACCAAAAGGAAUGAAUCUCGACCACCAAAUCGACUUUAUCAAACAAGUGUUGAAGCUUAUCAUCAAGCCAGAGAGAUACGAGCAACUGAUCAACUUGGCCAACCAAUCCAUCGACAAGUUUGUCAUUGACGAGGAAUUGGAUUGUGUAUUAAAAAAGGUUAAACCAUCGCCAUCACCACCACUCAACAAAUCAGACGAUGAUGAAAUCGCAUCAAUGGACGAUGAAAUGGAACAAGAGGACGGUGGACAUUACUUGAAUAGUCUUACACAACUAUCAACCAAGCAAUCUCGUUGGUUUAUGUUUAUGUAUAAUAUGUAUUACAAUCGUGAAGCUGCAAGCGAAGGAAACAAAGAGUCGGAUCUACCUCACAUAUUCAAAGUACGUGUGAGGGAGGAUAAAAAGGUCGAGUUUGUUCAAAUGGUAUUCAAACAGUUUGGUUGGCCGACUAUCAUGAACUAUGGUACAUUGGAGUAUGUCAAGUUGGCACAUUCGUUGGGUUUGGUUACCAACGACCACGUUUACGAACCGUACGGUGAACGUGAUGCAGACGAGUCAAUGGCCAUCUUGCAGUACCUCUACGACAACAACAUUAAACAAUUUGGUCAUCAGACACUACAGGCAUGUGAAAAGGACAAUGACAACAUUUUUACCUUCCUCUUUCAAAACGACCCAGAAUUGUUUGGUGAGAAUUCCAAUCAUUCAGUUCUCGAGUAUAUCACUCGUUACAGUCACUACCAUCUAAUCCACAUGCUCACCAUCCCACCUCCCCAACAACCUGAACAACCACCAGAACAACAACCAGAACAACAACAACAACUCAUUAAAAGUCGUCGUCCAGGACAUUAUUAUAUUAAAGAUGGCAGGGGUAUAAAGUCACAUGCUCUAGAUGUGAUGAUCAAACUGUCAAGUGUAUGUUACUAUUAUGACGCUAGUAUUGGAGAGGAGAGUUUCUUGUUGAUGCAACAGUUUUACAAUGACUGUGAAGCCAGUGACACUAAUAGUCGUUACGCGUCAGUCUACCAAGACCAGUUGCAAAUCGCCACCCGUGAGAACCAACUCCACAUUGUCGACUGGCUACUCAACAAAUGCACCAAGUUCCGUCCAGUCGCCUACACACUGUCCUGUAUUCUAUCAAAGUCGUACAAAGAGUCAUUCAAACCACUCUACCGAUUAAUUAAACAAUUUAUUAUUAAUCAACAACCAAAGUCAAUCUAUACAUCUAUGGAUAUUGACGAUGACAACAGUGGAAAGAAGAAAAAGAGAUCCAAUCCAUUACAAUUUAAUGCAUCUACAUGGAUUGAUAUUGCAACCAAAGGUGACAUUAAAUUAUUUGAUCGAUUUAUGGCUAAACACAAACCAUUGGAUAGUUUUGGUGCACUCAUCAUUACGGCCACCGUCAACAACCAUCUACCAUUUAUUCAACACCUCUACAACCAGUACCCACAAUUGGUCAAGAUCAGUCCACAGAAUAUGUUGUCGGCCGUUGCCAACAAUUCGCCAACCAUUCUCAAAUACUUUUUGGAUUUGGCACACCAAGAGGCUACUGUACAAGCCAAACAUGGGUUCUUUCCAGUUGAACAAACCAAAGAAACAUGUAUGUCGGUAGUCCUUCAAAAGUGCAUUUCGAGUGGUAGUUUGUCUUGUUUUAAAAUGAUUUUGGAUCUAGAGUAUUUUGAUGCACCCAAGGCUCUUACCCCAGCACUAUUGACACACCUCGCGCCCAAAGCAGCUAAAAGUUUGCCAAUUGCCAAUUAUCUGGUUUGUCAUGGUCACAUUACUGCCUGUAAACAAGUCUCUCCUUCUCUUCCUUGCCUCAAACAAUUAUUGGAUAAGAAAAGAAAAGAUGCAACGGCCGAAAAAAAGAAAUCAAAGGAACCAUCUAAAAAAAAAUUAAAUUAUUAA